AUGACGAAGCGGGAGCUCAAGAGGAUGAACGAGGAGCGAUGGGCGCGAGAAAAGGAGCAGCGUGACGCAAAGUGGGCCGAGGAGCUGGCACUCCGUCGAGCGCGAGGACAGGCCGUGACGCAGUCGCCGCCGCCGCCGCAGUCGCAGGCGUCGACAUCGAAGAAGGGAAAGGAAGCAGCACCGGUGCGACCUCUCCAGCGGAUCGAUACGGAUCGGACAUUGGUCGACUAG